CAUAGCGCCGCUACCGAUGCUCAACACCGACUUGGAAGGCGAAGGAACGUUCCCGGCGGCCGUUGAAGCUUUCCGCCAGAAGAUAAAAGAGGCCGAUAGCGUUCUCUUCGCCUCACCCGAGUACAACUACUCCGUCACCGGACCUACAAUUGAUGAGGCCGAUUGGAGCAAGUGAUCUUUGUAAUGGACUCUAUGUGUAUCGACCCGACCCUCUUUUUGCAUUAGCAUUACUAACCACCGCCAUAUGGCAUCAACAUUUAAGUCAUUCUUUUAGUUUAAUUAUUCCGAGUCUUUUUCAUUCGCCUUGCAUUAUUUCUUAUUGCGAUAUUUGUUCUCGUUCUAAGCAUACCCGAUUGUCUCUCUUUCUAAUGACAAAAGUGUUGCUCCUUUUAAUCGUAUUUUUUGUGAUAUAUGAGGUGGCUAUCAUAUUUCUUCUCUAUGUGGAGCUCAUUAUUUUCUCACAAUUGUUGAUGAUUUUUCCUGCACUACUUGGACAUAUCUCAUGCGUUUUAAAUCCAAAGCAUAUACUCAUUUAAUACAUUUCUUUACUCUUGUUCAAAAUCAAUUUAACACCACUGUUAAAACUAUUUGCACUGAUAAUGGACAAUAAUUUUUCUCCCACCAAUUUCAAACAUAUCUUCAAGAUCACGGCAUCAUUCACGAAUGUACAUGUGUUGAAACUCUACAACAAAAUAGUUGUAAACAUCGGCACCUUCUGGAGCCCAUACCUCCGCGACUAUGUCUGUCCGGUCUUACACACGAAGCCCAUGGCAUCCUUACUUGCUCCACCGACCUUAGCACCGCUGAAGAAUGCAAUUGACUGGGCCUCUAGACCACCAAAUGUCUGGGCUGAUAAAGCAGGUGCAAUUGUAAGUGCUGGAGGAAGUUUUGGCGGGGGACGGUCACAAUAUCAUCUUCGGCAGAUUGGAGUUUAUCUGGAUCUUCAUUUCAUUAACAAACCUGAGUUUUUCUUGAACGCAUUCCAAUCUCCUGCAAAGUUCGACAGUGAUGGCAACUUGAUAGAUGAAUCGGCCAAGGAGGAGUUGAAGCAAGUUCUUAUAUCCUUGCAGGCAUUUAGCGAGCGCCUCAGUCAUGAUUGCUGGAAUAGGACAUGAUUCUCAGCUGAAACAUAAUGUCCGUUUCAGUAUGUACUUUGCUGGCAUUACAAGUUAUCUGAUACUUUAUUUCAAGACCGCAUGUUGUUGGACUUGCUUUCUUAUUAGUUUUUGUAAAAGUGAAGUUGGAAUUAGACAUCAACUUGAUCUCAUGAUUUGGCCACUCA